UCCAGAAAUGUUGAGCAUGUCUUGAGAGCAUGUUUGUGUGGAGAUCGUGCUGAGGCCUCGACAACUACAACGACAUGACGCAUCGCUCACGCUCCGGCGGUCCGCCAAAGAGGCGCACGCAGACCAAGAAACGCGGACCAAAGCUCAACCAUCCGCCGGGGGAUGACGAUCGCGACGAGGAGGCGCGCGAGCAUGAAGGUGGCGAGGGCGAGGGGAAGGGCGACGACGACGACGACGCCGGCAUCCCGCCCGCCUCACAUUUCGCCCAGCCGACCAACGACGACGUCCUCACCGUCCUUCGGUGGGCGCUGCUUGAUACAUUGAACAGCGACGAGUUCCCGGCCCUCGUCCAGCGCGCAAAGGGCCUGCUGUUCGAACGCAAGUGGCUGGAGCUCUUCACCGAUCCGGAGUUGCUCGACGCGUACGCUGGGCGGUGGGUGCCCAGCCGCGCGCUGUGCUUUCGUGACAUGAUGGCCGGGUUACCCGAGGUGCGCAAGGUGUUCACUAUCGAGGGCAGGACGGGCAAGGACAGGUCCGCCGCAAGGAGGAGGGGCGACGCCAGUCAAUCCGAUGGUGACGCCCUUGAAGCGGUCACGGAGAUAGACAAGACGGACGAGACGGACGAGCAGGGUGGUGAGAUCCAGUCCGAGGGAAAGGAAGAGGACCAGCGCGAGGUGGAGGGAACAAUCAGAGACGACCUUGGCGGUCCAGACCGCACACACAUCCUCUCGCUUGGCGGAGGUGCCGGUUCCGAGCUCCUCGCCGUCGCCGCUCUCGCCUCCCGUGGCGGCCGGAUCAGGUGGACAGGCGUAGACGUCGGCGCAUGGGGCGACGUGAUAUCGCGUAUCGAGACGGCUGCACGCGACAGGUGGCGCUUCGACGCCGACUUCGCCUUCAUCGAAGGUAAUCUCCUGGCUCCCCCCGCACCAUCUCAUGCGACGGGUCCCACGCCCGACGUGUCGCCGACCACCGAUACCUUCGCUGCCUCCUCCAAAGCGGCAGUGUCGGACUCCCUCCCCACGCCACCCAUCACGCCCCACCCCACGCACGCCGCGCCUGCGUUCGUGGCCAUCCCGGCCCUUGCGGCCGUUCCCGCCCCAGAUAUCACCACACUCUUCUUCACACUCACCGAACUGCUGUCGCAGAACCGGGCGCGCACCGUCGCUCUUCUACGCGCCGUCACGGCCGCGACGCCGCGCGGCGGCCUCCUUCUUGUCGCUGACUCUGCGAGCGACAUCGCCGAGUUCCCGCUCGGCAAGGACGGACGCACGUGGCCCGUUUACAUGGUUCUCGACGCCAUCAUCGGCGCUAUCUCCAAGGCCGGGGACGAGGGGGGAUGGCGCAAGAUCCACAGCGAGGACUCGCGGUGGUUCCGUCUCAGUGGGGAGCGGUGGCCUUGCAAGCUGGAGAAUGCGCGCUAUUGGAUGCGCGUCUACCGUCGGGUAUGAGGGAGGACAAGGAGGGUGGUGCGCCAGCGGAUCCAUCAGCGAACGACAUAGACAUGCACCUGUUGUAACUUUGCGCGUUGGCGAAUGUGAGCGUGCAAGGGCUGUGGGAUUCACUCGGGUGUUGAAAGCGCUGACAAUGCCGCAUCGCAUGUGUCGUGCAGACAUCAACUCGCACAAGCCACCUCCUGUCGCACCGGUGAUCCGUGAGGCAUCGCACGCACUAGCUUCUGAACCUGCCGCCACCAUGCAUGUCCAAACCUUCUGCCACUCUGUCACGUCUAGGAUGCCCC